AUGUUAAGUUCUAUUAUAGAUUAUUUAAGGGAUGUCAAAGAGGAAUUCAGUCCAAUCUACUCCAGAGCAGAAGAUGAAGAUCCAACGAUAGAAGAAGAAGAGGAAGAAGAAGAUAAUGAUGAAGAUGAAGAUGAAGAGGAGGAAGAGGAAGAAGGUGACCAACUCGACAAGUUAAGAAGACAAUGUGAAAAUACAGAAAGGGGCCAAGAAUUAAAGCACCAUUAUUUGGAAUGUGUGGAAAGAGUUCAGAAGGCGAAAGAAGAUCCAAACUAUGAAGACUUAGAAAAUAAAGAAGACUGUGUAGAAGAAUUUUUCCAUUUACAACAUUAUCUAGACGAAUGUGCUGCACCAAGGUUAUUUAGUCAAUUAAAAUAA